AAUUUUUCAGACCCGGUGACUAUUACUCAGACUGAGGAACAAGUAACGAAUAACUAAAAACUCUUCCUGAAGAUUCAGCUUAGGUGCAUUGAAGUGGUAGCUAGGCCUAGUGCGAGGCAAGUCAUAAGGGAAGGGCAAGGUAUUGACAUCGAGCAGCGUUAUAAAAAUCACCAGAGAGCAAAACUAACUUCGGUAUUUCUACUCAUUUAGCUUUUCAAAAGACUCGAUCUGUUAAUAUCUGCUUUACAUAAUGUAAAGUUGUGGUCGACUGACGGAAAAAUCGGGUUCAUCCCAAUUUAAAAUGAACGAGAAAUCAAGGUGCACGAAGCGAAUGAACAGAAAAUUUUGGGAUCAUUUUCUUCACAAAAGACAAAGUGAAGAAGUAGUAAAGGUCCAACAACCAUUCGAAAGACAAGAAAUUGAUCACGGAUGGGCCACCGCCGAUAAAUACGAUGCAUCGGAUUCUGGACUAAGUGACAGUGGAAGCAGUCCGGAACCCUCCACGUCGAAUAUAGGCAGAGUGUCUACCUUGGUGGCGUCAGGGUCUAGCACUGACAUUGCAUCAAAUGCCGUGGCUCUUCUUCCAGACAGGCCACAGGAUUUGGAAGCUGUUCUUCCAUCACUGACUCAGACUGCCUCGAGUGACGUUUUUUCAUCUCUAAACGAGGAAGAUGCGCCAGGACCCUUCGAGAGACUUGUUUCCUGUCUAGCAAUUGAACGUCCUGAUUACUCAUUCCACCAGUUACUUGAAACACUUAGCGCCGUAAGGCAGCAUCCAUCUGUCAUAACCUAUCAUAAAAUCCAGCGCUUCUGCCAGACUUCUAGCAAACGGUCUGUGAGUUGUGCGCCACUGCACAAUACCCUGUCACAAGAGGAACCGAUAGACUAUUCUGCCAAAGUUAAGACAUCUUUCAACUUCCAGACGAAGGAAGAAUUUGGGGCUCUAAGCGCUGGUCCUUCAAUAUCCUGCGAUAGCCAACAAUUGCCAGGGCAAGGAACUUUGAAGUCGAGGUUUGACGCAGGCACAGAGAAAGACUCUGGGCGCAGUUCUAUUGCUGCAGAAGAACUGAAUAGUUUGCGAGAAGAGGAAUGCCUUCAGUCUUACAAAAAUAACCACAACCUCAUGAGCGUUAUCGACGAACCUGGCAUAGGGCUUACAGAAGACCAAGAGAUAGCUCUAUUCACGCACAUUUUGAAACACUCCAAGCAAGAAGUGGCGACAGAAGAUAGCCAAGUCGUGAUGGAUAUCGUUCAAAAGAGCUUUUCCAAGAAGAGUAUCCCCGUUCAAGAGAUGUCUAAUAUGCCCAUCGUAGGGAAGGGAGAAUCUGCCUCAGAUUUGUUCGCUAGGGCACUUGUGUCCACCGGUUCGCGUCGACCCAGAGGUGAAAAGAGACCCAUUCCAGAAUCUCAGAAGGACGACAAGUACUUUGAGAGAAGAAGACGUAACAAUCUGGCAGCCAAAAAAUCCAGAGACAAUAGGAAGAAACGGGAGGACCUGAUUGCUGAAAGGGCGGGAUUCCUAGAGCGUGAAAACGCCAUCUUGCGUGCCCAAGUAGCCACCAUGAGAGAAGAGGCUGCCAACCUGCGUACAGUCCUUUUCCAAAGGAAACCGGAGAUCAUUCACUUAAAGCAGAGAUCGUCCAUUUACUUGGAUGGCGAUGCCAUAGUUCCUGAAUGAAAGCUAUGACGAUCAGUGAUGACUUGAAUUUCAGAAUGGGGUGAAUUUCUGGCGACUUUUUCCCUAAGCUACGGUUGAUUUAAUUUUCCGUCUAGUAUCGAGAGACUGAAUGUUUUUAUAGCAGCCGCGAGCAUUUUUACGAGUGUAUUUUUAUGCUUAUAUAAAAAGUGUAACGAGCAUUUUUACGAGUGUACUUUUAUGCUUAUAUAAAAAGCGUAACAUCUUUGGAAAGUAUUACCAAAAUCUAGAUAUCAAUUAUCUAUAAGCGAGUAGUUAUUUCUGCGAUCACUCUGAAUUGCUAACACUCCUUACUAGUCUUCACUUGAUCUGUUGAUUAGAAAAGAAGAGAGAGAGAGAGAGAGAGAGAGAGAGAGAGAGAAACACGAACUCUGCACCAGUUUUGUUGCGUGGCCAGAACUGAAGUUUUUCAAACCCUUAGAUCGUUUGAAAAAGAUAGGACUUUUGCAAUGUCUAAAAUACCGCCAUACUUUAAGAGUUUUUAAAGAUUUAUCCUCUUCACAUUUUGUGCCUUUUUAAAAAAGAAUCUGGAAUGCGUUUAAUUGGAACUUGAUUAUUGAAAUAGGAAAAUCCCAAUGGGAGCAAAAUCCUAUACUUUUUGUGCAUAUUUCAUGGACUCAGCCCAAAACACAAAGUAGAAGUUUAUCUGUCACAAACAAUUCUUCAUAAUUGACAGUGGAAUAAACAGGAAAUUUGAUGACAGGACUUUAUUGUACGAGACCAGAGAGCCGACUGACUCACAAUGUCGCAAGCUCGCAACUCGCAAACGCGUUGCGGGUUAAUGCUCGGCAGUGCUUUACAGACAUACCGUACAUCUACUGAUGUUAAAAAAAAGAAAUAGAGAGAAAUGUAAUUUUUUCAUUCUUUGAGGAAAUUCUAGCUUAUACUCUGUAUUCAUUACUUACUGUAUGUGUAACCAAACCAUACUUUUUGUAUUAUUAGAAGUGGUUGAGGAAAGAUAAAAAUCUCAGAAGAUUUUGAAGACAAUACACAAUCAAGAACUCUGUGAAUUUAUGAAAUAUAUUAUUAUGGUCUUUAAAUUCCAUUGUUACCUUAUUUGUUCUUCCUGUUAUUACGGUCUGAAUGUAACAUAUUAGGAAGCUAUCAGCUACGGCUCUUAUACAUAUCUGUUAGUGCUUGGAGGUGUUAAUCUGGUGUAAUGAUCUGUAUCAUAUUUAUUGCCUCUUUUGUUUCUUAAAUUGACACACUGUUCAGAAAAAAUCAGUGCUUUAAUUUUUUUCAUUUUGUUUCACGUGAUUUGUGUGGUUUAUAAAAGAGAAUACUCUAAAGGUUUUCAAAGGUGCUGUUAUAAAGGCAAGGUGGUCCGGCUGAGCAACCGACCUGUCAAAUUUUACAAGUUUGUUUUGUGUGUCAUUGGCUCAUUGCUCGUGUUCCUCUGUAGCACAAACCUUAGAAUGUGAGUGAAACCUCAUGUUUUCGUGUUGAGCAUGAUAAUAACCCUAAAGAUCCUGUUUAUACCUGCAAUUUUUAUAUAAGGCAGUGUAGGCUGUUGAAUAUUUUCAUACUUAAGCCACCAUAUGUACAGCAGUUUGUUUUGUUUCUUUGUGAAGAUUUUUGGCUUUUGAUACAUUUUUAACAGUGAUAGAAAUGGAAGAGGAUGCUGUCAGGAAUAGGCCUACAAUAUUUACAAUAUUAAACAAGUAGACUAAGGUAGGAAGCCUAACAAGACUGUUAGGAGGCUUGUUGCUUUCAGGUCUAGGGUAACUAUAAAAUUGGACAAGCUAAUGUAGAGUAUUUGCAGCCAAAUAAUUAAUUCCUGAGGUAUUUCAGAGAAGGCAGUACAUACAGGUAUUUGGAAAAGGUUAGUGAUGUAAAUGAUAGCUGAUUUGUUUUAAUGUGUAUGGGAAAUCUGAGACUUAUGAUGCAAGGGUGAAUGAAAUUGCUAAUCAAAGUAUUCUGAUGAAGUUAGUGAUAAAUUUUAUUUUGCAAAACAAGUAAAUCCAAAAAAACCUCUUAUUGAAUUGAUGGUCAGUCUUUUGAUAAGUUAGAAUUCAAGUAUUCCUGGUCUUAAUAACUGUAUAAAUAUUUUUGGAGAGUUGUCUGAUUCGGGUUAGACAACUUAUUAGUUAAGUUAUAUGAGAGGAUAUGCCUUUAGAUUAAUUUUAUUUCAGUUUUAGAUGAAAAUUAUUAAGUGGCUCUACCUGCACUUAAUAAUAAACUCUUAGACAAGAUUACCUUGAUGAUGAGUUUCAAGCAACUUUUGAGUUAGUUUCUAAAUGUGGCCCAUCUUAUUUCAGAGGUUGGGUGGUAUGUUAUUGAUUGCUGUGUUUUCAUAUAAAUUGAAUCGGUACAAUGAAGUUUUUUUGAAUUUUGCAUUUUUUGGAUGCAAAACUUGCAGUCAUAUUAUGUUUUCAAAAUUACUUAAAUCUUCUAGGAGAGAACUUGUACAAAAAGUCAGUAGCAAUUGUAUCAAAAUUUUAAUCUUUAUUUCAUGUGCUGGGAGUGAUGUAAUUGGUGAGAAAAGGACAAUUAAUACCAAUGAGCAUUUUAGUAAAAUUUACUUGAGGUAAAGGACAAAAGAAUUUUUUUGGCUGUGAUCAUUUCAAGUCAUGAAAGGCAAAUGGAACUGUUUAAAAAUGUAAUUUUCAUGAAUGCAAUAUGCCUUACUGCUCAGACUUUAAAUUUGGUAGAAAAAAUACUGUAGUUUUAAAACUGCACCACCAUUGUUGCAGUGACAAAAUAACCUUGAACAUUGUAUGGCAAGUGAUAAAUUGAAUUACCUAUGAUUUUUUUGCACAGUAUUUUUAUAAACGCAUCUGGUUAACCCCUGCCUUCCAUUGUGGUAACAUCAGUCUAUUGUUUGUAUCAAUAUGUAGCAUUCAGAAGCCUUUGUAUCAUCCUGUAUUGUCACUGACUUUUUAUAGGGUCAUUCCUGUACUUUUAAAUAGUACUUGUUGGACACUGGUAGUGAGUGGAAUUAUGCAGAGCGAGUUGAAGGCCGAGAUGUGGUUAAUCCAUGUUAAGUAUGUUAUUACUGCUUUUCUUGGAGCCACAGAAAGGAGGUUUGAGGAAACCAUUUUAUAAUUUUGAAUGUUGCAUCUUGUGAUGGCUGUUACAAUUUAGUAUCAGUGAGUUAUAAAUUUCUUAAAUGCAAUAAUUGCAUUGAGAAUUGAGAUACAGUUUUUGUUCAAGGUUCAGUUGUCAAAGAUAUUUUACAGUUCUUUAAUUUGUACAGUAUAUGAAUGGAUUACCAUGGGUUUUGCCCUCAGUCCUUGUACCUUUUUCAAAUAUGCAUUGUUUAUAUCCUCAUUAAAUCCCACAUGAUGAUCCACUUCUAGGAUUCAAGGAUUUUAAAAUUGAUUUUGCAAAAGUUUUAGGAUUCAAGGGUUCUAAAAUUGAUUUUGCAAACGUUAUUAGACUUCAUGGACCUCAUCCUUUCUAUCGGAAUGAUGGCUGGUUGGUAUAUAGAUUUCCAUAUUUAUUUCUGCCAGACCAUACAGGAUGAAACUACUGUCUCUCAGUGGGCACAAUAGUGUAUGCUGUGGAUCUUAUAUCUGAACAUAGCUGUGUAAGGCAUUCUUGAGGUAAGUCUCAUUCUUUUUGGUAUACCGGAUUAGAUUAGUAGAUAAAUAAUCUCACAGGCUAAAAUGUAAAUACUGUAGCUGUAUUUUGCACCUUAUCAUGGAACUUUUACUUACAUUAAUCUUGGUCUCAUUGGAUGAUAAGAAGUAGGAAGCUUGGUAGCCCAAACCAGUGAUGUCAAACAUCUCAGCAGCAUUGUUCUUGUUUGUCAUCCAGGGUUGUGCAUUUUUCAAGGUAUGUACAGUCUUACAGUGCUACAAUAUUUCAUAAAUUACAUAUAGCAUUGCUUGUUGUAUGUUCUUACUCUUAUAGUGCUAUGGUAUUUCAUGAAUUGUAUACUAUAGCAUUGUUUGUAUUUGUUCUUACAAGAAUACAAACCUGAGAUCCUUUAUGGUCCAGUUGUUGAACUUGAAAAUAAAGUAGGUAGUUAACUAGGAUCAGGAGAGUUGAAGAGCAUGGGAACCCCCCAUUCACUGGGCUAACAGCAUCACUUGGGUCAACAGAUUUCUUGUGCUUCACUUCACCAUGACUUUUGGUGAUUUUAAGUAUUUCUCUGUUUGAAAGAUAAAUGUCCUUGCCUUCUUCAUCACAUUUAUGACUGUUGUAAGAAUAAGGAUGCCUGAUGAUUCUUCUGAUUACGUAUGAGAAUGAUCAGAGUAGAUGCCCAGCGAGUGAACCUUUAUGUUUAUGCAUAAAUGUUGAUACUCAUUCUGUCAUCAGAGUAGAUGCCCAGGGAGUAAACCUUUGUGUUGUGCAUAACUGUUGAUACUCAUUCUGUCUGUUCUCUCUGAAGAGGUCAGGAGGUGACAUCAUGAUUGAACUGUGUUGACUGUAUCUUGUGGUCACAUGUCCAGUGGAAGAAGUACUGGUUGAAGCCAUAGGAAAUGCCAUCUCUGUCUUAUGAUGCAGUGUACCUCAGUUCUCUACUGUUCUACACCAAGCCUUUUUCCUUGCUUUUACUGUUGGAACAGUGUCCUUAUGUGCUGACCAGAUGGCAAUUUACUUGGACUCUCUUUGAUUGGAACUUGGUACUAUUGCAGUUCCUGUGACCUCAUAGCCCCUGCUUCAGUUCCAGCUUCUCAGGCUUUGCCGUAUUGACUAAGGUGUCUCCAUGAGAAAAAGGAGUGACUGAAGGUGUUGUGUUCUACUUUGGACAUUCUGUAAUACCCUUCCCUCCUCACUGUUAUGGGACAUUUGGCUCUGGCAGAAGUCCCUCGCCUGUUUUAGUCUAGAUGGAUCUCACAGCUGUGGCAGUUGCCUCUCAGAUGAUUGUAUUAUUCUUGUUGUGGAUGCUCUAGCAGCCCCUGCUCCUGUCCCUUUGGAGAUUGCUUCUUUGAUCUUGUCCUUGGUGGGUGUGGGAGGGGUUGGAGAGACCCAGCUGUAAAAAGUUAAACAAGCACCUUUGUGUUUCCUAUUCUUGUUGUCUUCCACCUCUUCAUCCCUAUCUCUAGAUUGGUUGAUGUGUAGGAAGAAGGCCAAGAUGUCUUGCAGCUGUCACUGUUCUGUCUGCAUGAAGGCAUUCCCAGCACCUGUUUGAGGGCUAGGUUAUCAUAGGUGUUGCAGGUGAUUCAGCUCCAAAGUUUGCUCAUGACCAAUCAGCAGAGAAUGAUUCUGUUCGUACCUGGUCGGCAGUGUGCAACCCAAGUUACUUCCAACUACUGUACCUCUACUAGUGCAUCUCUAGUAGAAGUACGGGAAGAGUUAGUUUUUAAAAGUUAGUUCAGCUCAUCCUAGAUGUACUUGUGGCCAGUCCUGGACUGUCACAAGCAUUGCUGCACUUUUGUGCUUGAUACCAGAUUGGUCCAUGUCAGAGCGUGCAAGGCUUGGAGUUAACCUAGCCCAUGCACCAAUCAGUACCCCUGCAGUGGACUCUCCUGCUUGCCUGUGUCUGGGGCUCACUUUACACACAUCAUGAUCCUCAGAUCAGGUGCAGGGUUGGAUUGGGCUGUUGUGUCCUCUCCCUCUGCUUCAGAGUAACCUUCUUGGUCUCUUGGAUUCCAUUGGAUCCAAGGAUUCACUCCAUACAGGACAUUUGUCUCGAGGAUUCCAUUGGAUCCAAAAAAGUCACUCCAUGCAGGACGAAGUUGGAGAGACUUUCAUAAGGUUAUUGGGCUCAUUCAUGAGCGGAGCUACUUCUCACCACCUGGUCUCUCAAUUGUUUCAUUGUUGCUUCAGCUGCUCCAGUCUUUAGUUACUCAUGUGAUGCACUGGUGAAAGAGGAAAAGGACUUUAAAUUGUGGAUGGCAAAUUUAAUAUUUUUUUUUAGUUGCUCAUCCAAGCUGUUUUCCCCACCUCUUUAUGAGACAGCAGAGAUAACCUGGCACCACAACUCAAUGGGCAGUUUAGGAGUCUGAUCUCCUGAUAAAUUAUGAAAUCUGUAAUUAGUGAAGGACCAGUAGUAUAGCCAGCAUGUUAUCUCAGAGCUGGUGUAGCAGUCAUGUGCACAUCUGCUCAUUUUCUCUUCUCUCUUAUUCUGUGUCAUUCUUUCAAGUUUUGAGAGGGACUGUAAGCUGGUAAAUAUGCAUACCGAUAUUAUUUUCAGUACUACAGAGUAAUGAAUGCAAUAAUUUAGGUAGGCUUGAAAUAUAAAGUAUAGUACUGUUUGCAUUGCAUGUUUGUUUAUGUGGGAUUGUCUGGUAAUUUUAUGUUGAACAAAUAGCUACCAUUUUGUAAUUUACAUAUUAAAAAUUAAAUAAACAUAAAAUCAAAAUCUUUGUGUCUGUGCAGGGCUUCCAUGAACAAUUGCAUGAUUCAGUAUGUUAUGUAUUUUUUCUUGAUGUACA